CAAACAUUUAUGAGAGAAUCGGUGUAAUCUUACUUCUGUUUUUCAGCUGUUAACGUCUGCAGUUUGCUCAAUUUAUAAUUGGGCUUAAUAAAUACAAAUGGAUACAAUAACAGAGGUACCACAGGCCCUGAAACCUAAAUUGAUGCUAUGGACAGACGUAAACUACCAUGACAUGGAGGAAAUCGAGAAAAUGCAGUCCAUCCCUGAUCUGGAGAGUGCUUUAUGCAGAGUGUUUGGAGUCGAUCUCCCUGAACCAAAGAGAGGAGUUCUGCUGGAGUUGUAUGUCCAGACGGUGCUUUUUUGCAGAGAAUGCAACUUUAAAAAGGAACAAACAUCUGCUCUCUUGUCCAUCAUCAAGGCCACACAUGAAGCUAACAUAGAAACUCCGCUCAACAACAUAGAGCAGUGUUUCAAAUACUGCAAGGAGCUACUUCUCUGUCACUCAGUCAGGCGACCUCCCUUUAGUAUCAACCUGUUUAACUCUGAGGAGGCGACCUGUAUCUUAAACUACAUCUAUAACCGCUACGUGAGACAGUACAAACUCUACAAAUAUAUUUUCACCCCACAGCUAAAACUUGACUUGUCUUUGACUUACUCUGGGAUCCCAGACCAGGAUGAACCUACCAUGGAGAACUCUUCUGCUCUAGAUGUUGAGAAUGAGCCGGAGGGAGCAACCCUAGGUUCACAAUCAGAACUGAAGGGACUUAUAGAGAGAGAGGUCAGAGAGCAGAUGACGCUCGUGUCUGGACAAAUGGAUCAGCGAAUGAAAGACAUUGCAGAUCAGCACAAGAGCGCACCAAAUUCUCCACAGCCCAACCAAAAGGCCAAAAAACACUGAUUAAGAAACAUUGAUCUUAAAGGACUGACACAAAUUAGAUCAAUUAGAGCUUCGAAUUAGUUUUAUUCUCAAUAAAUCAUUUUUUCUUCAUAUACAGUACAUAUAUCUGCAUUUUUACAAUGAAU